CUACUGGACACAUUUUUUCAACGCUCUGCUUUUGCACGCGGUGUCCAUUUCAUAUGCCUCAUAUUUCGGGAUAGAGAAGGUAUAUAAGCUUGUGAGAAUAGUCAGAGAUGUUACUGCAGUGACAUCAAGAAUCAUCUCUUAGCGUUUUCUACUCUAUCCUUUAAGAGACAACUCAGAGAUAAAAUGGCUUUCGCCGGAAUUCUGAACGACGCUGACAUCACUGCAGCCCUGGCGGCCUGCAAAGCUGAGGGCUCCUUCGACCACAAGGCGUUCUUCACUAAAGUCGGCCUGGCCGCCAAGUCCCCCGCUGACAUCAAGAAGGUGUUUGAGAUCAUUGACCAGGACAAGAGUGACUUUGUUGAGGAGGAUGAGCUGAAGCUGUUCCUCCAGAACUUCAGCGCCGGUGCCAGAGCUCUGAGUGACGCUGAGACCAAGGUUUUCCUGAAGGCCGGAGACUCUGACGGUGACGGCAAGAUCGGAGUUGAUGAGUUCGGCGCCAUGAUCAAGGCAUAGACUGUUCCUCCACCAACUAGACCAGAUGCUUACCCACCUACUCAGAAGGAACACUGGAGCUGAGACCACCUCCUCACCCUCUCUCGCUCAUCUCUCAACAACAAUUUUAUAUAAAUAACCUUUAACCUAACCCCCCCCCCCCCCCCCUCUCUCUCUCUCUUCCUCUCUCUCUCUCUCAUUGGCCAUGCUCAGCCUUUCUGUCCAUCAUGAUGAAUGUACUUAUGUGUAAAGCCUAGAUGACAUGUCUCUCUCUCUCUCUCUCUCUCUCUCUCUCUCUCUCUCUCUCUCUGUUUCUCUCUCUUCUCUGUCCAUCUCAUUCUAUCCGUCUCUCUCGUUCCCCCUGUCAUCGUUUUACAUUUGACUCUUGCUUACUGUGAAAUCAAUGAUGGUGCACUUAUGUGGGAAACGAACGGACAAUGAGAAAUCAAUAAAGGUUCUUUUUCAAUAACAAACGCC